GCUCCUGCGCCUCGGCUCCUCCGCCGCCGCCGCGCCGUCCCUGGGCCUGCCGGGGGCUCGCACCACCGCCUCUCACCGCGGGCCUGCGCCAGGCAGCCGAUCGCCGUCGCGCCGCUCCCCCGUCCGUGCUUAGAUCGGCUCCAGCCAUGUCCAAGCCGCCACCUAAACCGGCCAAGCCAGGGCAGGUGAAAGUAUUCAGGGCCCUGUAUACAUUUGAGCCCAGAACGCCAGAUGAACUGUACUUUGAAGAAGGAGAUAUCAUUUACAUCUCUGACAUGAGUGAUACAAAUUGGUGGAAAGGAACUUGCAAAGGGAGAACUGGACUAAUUCCAAGCAACUAUGUGGCAGAGCAAGCAGAGUCUAUUGAUAAUCCGCUGCAUGAAGCUGCCAAACGAGGCAACCUAAGCUGGUUGAGAGAGUGUUUGGAUAAUCGAGUUGGUGUCAAUGGCUUAGACAAAGCUGGAAACACAGCUCUGUAUUGGGCAUGCCAUGGAGGACAUAAAGAUGUAGUAGAUGUUCUGCUUACCCAGGCAAACUUGGAGUUAAACCAACAGAACAAAUUGGGAGACACAGCUUUGCAUGCUGCUGCAUGGAAAGGUUAUGCAGAUAUUGUAGAGAUGCUGCUGGAAAAGGGGGCAAGAACAGAUCUGAAAAACAAUGAGAAGAAACUGGCUUUAGAUAUGGCAACAAACGCAGCUUGUGCUUCCUUGCUUAAGAAGAAACAGAGUGCAGGUACAGUCCGAACAUUGAGUAAUGCAGAGGAAUACCUUGAUGAUGAAGAUUCCGAUUAGCUUUUUUAACUUGUAUGAAAAACUAUAACUUGCAUUGUCUAUGUCGUUUUCAAAACAUAUCUUUGCAACUGUAGAAGCAUCUCACUUAGAGUAUUGCAGUACAGCAUAUAAAUGACAGGGUGAAAUCAGGCUUUGCAAAGGAAUAAUCUUCACAUACCCAGAAGAUGACAUAUUUUAAAUCAGAGUUCCUUUUUGGAAUUAUCACAGGGGAAGUAUGGCACACCUUCAUCACUGAAUGGGCAGAGGACCAUCUUCUAAACUCACAGGUUUCAUCUCAGGCCUUCCCAGCAAGUGCCUUGUAUCUCUGGAAUACUGAAAGGUCCUUCUGGGACAGCAGGACACCACUGCUAACAUUUCCCCAAAUUUCCCUGGGUGUAUGUUCCUUCAUGCAGUUAAUACUGAGAGCCAGUACUGGCUGACAGGCAUAAAUGGAGAUGCUGCUGUAGAGAGGGACCAUUAUUUGCCCAUACGGAGCCAGCAUGACAAGGUUUGAUUUUUAAUUUUGGUAAAAUUUUGACCCUUCCUUCCUCUGUUCCUCUAUGUAAGGUGCAGAAUGACCUGAGACAACCCGCCUCAGGAAAGCUUUGUCUUCUCUAUUGCUAUGGGGCCCAAUCCCUGAAAUGUUAGCACAGGUGAAAUGCUUGCUUAAAUAAGGUUUGCUUUGGAAAUUCACUUGGACUUUGUGCCCUGAUUAUUUUGCUUUUUCAAGUGUAUUAUGCUGAAACUAUUUGUAGUGAAAGGAAGACAGAAUAUUUUCUAUUUAUCCUGCCUAAAAUUUUUAAUACUGAUCUCUUGCUUUUAUUUUUUGAAAGUGCUCUUACGUUUUGUCCUAAAUUACCUCAAAGGUUAAGUGUGUUCGAUGUAAUGAGGGAAGAUGUGCAUCAAAUAUACCACAGGUAUCUUUAGAAGACAUACCUGAAGCUGAAUAAACAGUUUUAAAAUAUAUUGCUGCUUCCUGUGAAUUAAAGAAAAAGAAAGUAAAUUCAGCCACUUUCAAGCUUCCCUGCAGGGUUAAAAAAUAGUACUUCUGAUGCCUUGAAGUGGCUACCUGAAAACAGAGGCCAGACAAGAAUAAGAGAAUAAAAGUAGGUAUUUAUUUGAAAGGCCUUCAAACAUAGACCUUGGGAGUGUAAAGCCUACAAAGGAUUCCACCCAGGAUGGACGCUGGGUCAUGGGUUCUUCCCAUUUUUAUAAGUUUGGUCCAUUUGCAUAUCAGGGUUAAUUCUCCAAUUAUAAUUUCAGUUAAUGAUGUAAUUACCCCAAGUUUGCCCCUCCUCUCAAAGGCUUUUAUUUUACACGUUUUGGGGCCAGGGACAACAAGGUGUCCUUGAAGUGCAAACCUAGAGAGGCUUUGUUAUGUCUAACCAGCAUGAGAGAGCAGUAGUUAACAGGCCACACGAAACUUCAGAAUUACACAUUAGGCAGUACAGGAUUUGAGAAAUAGACAAGUUAAAACCUAAGGCAUCACUUCCUUCAGAUCACUCAAAUAGCUGCGGCCGAAUAUUGCACAUUAUUGAGAGAUACUUUCUUACUGUGAUGGUAAGUAAAUGUUACAAGUAUUUGAGAUACAAUCUCAUUUUUAAUUUUUUGUUGCUAACUUCUGUAAGAGAGACUUCUAACAAAUCCAUUCUAACACAGCAGUCUAUGAAACUAAAAAAAAAACAAAAAAAAAAAGGAAAAAAAGCUCUUGUGAAAGACUGGGGAUAAAUGAAAAGCUCUUGCGAAACUCUGGGGAUAAAUGAAAAUCACACUAAGUAUUUAAGAGAUUUUUAAAAGUUUGGAGCACUCCUAAUUUCCCAUUUUUAAAAAUAUAUUGAGCCAGAUUUUUAUUUUUAUCAUCCUUGAAAGAACUAGAUGCCAGUAAAGCUUGUUAAGCUCUUACCAAAGAAGGCAGUGUUUGAUUGACCAGAACUGUUUAAGAUGGGGACAUUGCACAAGUAGUUAUCUGCAGAUGUAAUUCUAGACUGUUCAAAUGUUAAAACCAUAGAACAAAUGUUUUAGCAUUGUGCUAAAUACAAUUGUGCAAUACUGUGGUUAAAUGAACAGUGAUGUUUUAUUUUGUGUGAACUCAAAGAUCCUAGAGGGGAAGAAAAAAAACCAAAACCACCAAUUUUUUCUCUCUAGCAUUCAUUCAGCAGUUGUUGAACAUAACUCAUAAUAUUUAAGAUUGUUCUGCUUCACAUUUAAUCAACCAGCUUUUUUACUAGCUCAGCCUUUUACCAUAGUCAGCCAUAUGUUAUGCCGCAUACUGCUGAUCAAAAUGAUUCAGUUUCAAAGUGCAAGCUUCAAAGUCCUGUAAUGAGAGGCGAGAAGGCUCAGGUAUCUGUUACAUGAGUCUUUCUCAUGCAUAAACAAAGCUCACAGGCUUAAAAUUCUUCAGUGUCACAGGACAUGGAGAGAAUGGCUCAAGUCACUGUUUUUUCAGUCGAGCUUUGGAGGCAGAGUCUGUAUUCAUAAAUAACUCUUAAUGUAAUGUCUUCUGCUGCCAUGGGUUCAGCAGCCUACAAGGAAGAUGUUAUGUUCAUGUCUGUGGAAUUAACAGCUGCCAGAAGAGACCCUGUGUUCUUCUGCAGACAGAUCUAAGUGCUGCACAGGAAUGAUGACAGAAGCACGAGUUGAGCCUAAGGAUUGCAUCCAAAGUUCUCGUUGGAGUGUCCUGAAGGAAGCACAUUUACAUAGGAAGGCACCUAGAAGUGCUGUCAUUUGUUUCUAGGACAAAAAUUACUGGUUUUGGGUUUUUUUCCACAACUUUGUUUUUCUUUAUGAAACUGUUCUACUCAUCUUGUGAAAUACAAAUCACUGUGAAGGCUUUCAGGCAAUAAACUACUUUUUGU